AUGCCCAAGAUCGUGAUAUACUGUAUCGCGGAGAUCUACGACGAACACUGGAAAUUCAUGCCAUGUGUUCUCAGUCCUACAUUCCGUACGUCUAAUCUCAAACAGAUGAUGACGUUGAUUGAGAGAUGUUCCGACCUGAUGGUGAUAAACAUGGAUAUAGAAGCAAAGAAGAAGAAAAGCGUGGAUAUGAGACAUUUUAUGGGAUGCUACACCAUGGACGUCAUCGCCAACACCGGCUUCAGCAUCGACCUCGACAGUCAGUCCAACCCCGACAAUGUCUUCGUCACCUAUUGCCGGAAAGCUUUUAAACUGACCUUUCCCAUAAUCUUCCUGUUGACACUGUUGUUUCCCUUCACCAAGUCCAUCUUUGGGAAGAUUGACUUCCAGGUUUUGGAUUUCGACAAAGACAAGGCCAAGUUCCGUGAGGUGGUGAAACAGGUGAUCGAGGACAGGAAGAACAACCCGGACCCGCGCUACGGGGACAUGCUACAGGCGAUGUUGGACACCAACAAGGAGGGGGCAGAAAGAGACUCGGACGACGACUCCGAUGACGAUACUGAAACAACACUUGACUUCAAGUACUACAAGAAGCGAGGUCUGACGAACUACGAGAUAUUCUGCAACUCCCACAUCUUCCUCCUCGCCGGUUACGAGACGACUUCCAGAGCUCUGACCUUCACCGCCUACAACUUGGCCACGCACCCCGAGAUCCAGGAGAGGUUGUACCAGUCGAUAAUCAAGCAAUUAGGACAUAGGAAGCCCACGUAUGCCGAGGUGACAAAGUUGCAGUACCUGGAGAACGUGUUCAUGGAAACCCUGAGACUGUACCCGCCGGCAUCCAGGAACACCCGAGUUGCAGCCAAGAGUACCACCAUCAACGGCUACAACAUCCCCGCCGGCAUGCCUGUCAUCAUCCCCGUUUACGCAAUUCAGCAUGACCCUGAGUUCUGGGCCGAACCGGAAAAAUUCGACCCUGACAGGUUCCUCCCCGAGAACAAGCAUGAGUUGCACGAGUACAUGUGGAUGCCGUUUGGCGUCGGGCCCCGGAACUGUAUGGGAAUGAGGCUGGCCUUGUUGGAGGCCAAAAUAGCGAUAGUGGCUUUGGUGCAGAACUUCCGGUUUGUUGCAACUCCGGAGACAAUAGCUCAGGAACAGCUACAAAAUGGACGCUCCAUUAAACCCGAAAGUCGUGUUUUUGUCGGUGUUGAACGACGUGAAUAGAGCAGAGCACAGCUGGGAUCUUCAUCUGAUCUGCUAACCUGUCAAAGGAAAGGGUUGUGAUCGUAGAAGUAUUGUGACAUGUGGUUCUGUGUAGGAAUGGAAGACGCUUCUCGCAAGUCGAUUCUGUGAGUGUCCCAUGGAGCCGGCUGUAGAUGUGAUCUGAACUGCUGGCUGACCUGGUGUUGGUUCAGACCCGCGUGCUCGGGUGGUGAUAAAUGAACGAGUCAUACCGAUGUUUGGUGCGGAAGGAAUCUCACGGAAUAACUGUAUAUAACUGGAUUCUAUGUCGAAUCAUCUAUCUAUUUCAAAACAAGAUAUAGCUUAGAUUAGCGAGUUUCUAAUUCUGUUUAUUACUCUCCAACAUUAAAUGAUAGGAACUGCCUACAGUGUGAUAACUCUCAGCUCUCCGCGAGUCAAGCAAGGUCUAAUACCAUAGUGACAGAGGUAUUAGCAUAACUGCAAACCAUUUUGACGCUAUAGAUACGUGUACAUGUGCUACACUAGUGUAAUGUUGCCGUGGAAACAUGUUUCAGUUCAGUGAAGUAAUAAAUCAGAUUUUAAGCAA